CAUCAGGAGAAGUCUUGUUGUUUUUGACGAACGGAACAUAAAAGAUGGUAUUUUCUCCUCCACAUUUUAAUUAUAGAUCUUUAGUAAUUAAGAAACAGUUUGUUGCUGCCGCAGGACAGAUCUCAGCUGUUGAGACAUGAUGAAUCUGAUUUUGUAGUUCUUUAAAAUCCUAUCACGUUUUCAAGCUCUGGGUUGCUUGAAAAGACAACGACUGAUAUCUGGCUCUGAGUAGAAGGUGAAGUUUGCGUUCAGGUGUCGUUACCAUGGGAAACGAACAGAGUGGAGAUGCGGAACAUAAACACUCCGAUUACAGCACACCUGCGGUUCCAUCCCCGGCCAGACAGAAGGCAAAAAUGGAUGACAUCGUGGUUGUGGCUCAGGGGACUCAGUCGCUGAGAAAUAUCCACAACGACCCCGAUGUGAUCAAGCUCCAAGAGAUCCCCACGUUCCAGCCGCUUCUGAAAGGAGUGCUGAGCGGUCAGACGUCCCCAAGCACCGUCUGUCUGGAGAGGCUGGACCCGGCCCAGGUUCUGCAGCUCUGCAUCCGAUACCAAGACCACCUGCACCAGUGCGCUGAAGCCGUGGCUUUCGACCAGAACGCUCUCGUCAAGAGGAUCAAAGAGAUGGACUUGUCUGUGGAAGCCUUGUUCAGCAUAAUGCAGGAGCGCCAGAAGCGCUACGCCAAGUACGCCGAGCAGAUCCAGAAGGUCAACGAGAUGUCCAUGAUCCUGCGGCGCAUCCAGAUGGGGAUUGACCAGACGGUGCCGCUCAUGGAGCGUCUCAACAACAUGCUGCCGGAGAGCGAGCGGCUGGAGCCCUUCAGCAUGAGGUCAGAGGGCGAACCUGCCUCCAAGUAGCCCAAGCUGGACCCAAACCCAGCCACAGAACAGGUGGAUGAACAUGGACCGCUUUGACUCUGCCUGUUUUGGUGAAAAUAAUAACAAUGAGUAAGUAGCUUGUUUAGUCCUGCAUGUUUUCCCAACACGGGGAAGGAGCAGGGAAAAGUUUCACAUCUUCCUCUUGGAUGCAAACCAUGAAAAAAUCAUGGAGACACUUGCCAAAAAAAACCAAACAAUAACAGAAAACAAAAACACAGCUGCAGAACUAACAGAAGGCUUUUUUUUUUUUUUUUUUUGGAUCACUCGUCUCACUUUACAAAUCAUGGCUGAAAUCUGCCUUUUAGUUCCAGGUCUGGUGUUUUGUCCUGAGCGUCGUGAUCAAGACCCUUGUACUGGUGAGAAACUGAGAAUGUUCUAGAUGGACACGACCCACAAGUCAAAGAGUUAAUGUUUGCUUUGAGUUUUACUUGAAUGGUUUGGUUUGAAGUAUGUUGAAGUAGUAGCAAUGGAUUAAACCAGUGCUUUUAAAAAAUCUGGAGCUAAUUGCAAAAGAAAUGACUGACGAAGCUCUCAGUCCGUGACGUGUUUUAGGAUCUCGUAAAGAAAUCUCAGCCUUAUUAUUGUUUGCUGGCGAGUGACAGCUGGAUAGCCCUGCCUACCAACAGGAAGUGGGAGUUAAAGAACCAUCUGCUCUUUCCUUCAGGAAACCGAUCAAAUACAUUUCACUGCAUCUGAUUUGGAGUUUGAACCAGAAGUCUUUGCGAACACACAGCCAUGUUUAGAAGGAUGUUGGCUCCAGUUUUGGUGUCCAUAUUAAUAGUUGGUCUUAGACAUCAGCGGGUAAAAAUUGACGCACAGCGUGUUUAAUACGUCCGCUGGGACGUAGCUCCAUGUUGUUCCCCAAGAAUAGCGUCAUAAUUUUCAAAUACUUGAGUAUUGUGUAUGUACCUAAAAAUCCUUAAAUAUUAACACAGCUAAUCUGAUAGAGCCCUGUGAGAAUGGUUGCAAAAUCCGCAUUCAUAAAAAAAAUCUUUCGCCUCUUUCCACCUCCAAAAACAAGUGUGUCGCCCUGGGCUAGUGCCCUUGUAAAAAGCAGGUGGAGCAGCAGAAGAAGCACUAAUAACAGAGGAAUGGGUCAAAAAGGUGAAUUAAACAAGUUGUGAUACUGUAAAUAUUGACAUAAACCUGUUUUUUUAAUAAAAACCUGCAAAGUGAA